CGUUGGUUGCUAUAUAUAUGUAGUGGAGCAGUUGGAGUACUUACGUACAGUAGAUAAGAAUUACAAAGAAAACACCAAAUAGAUUUCUUUCAUCAAUUCUCACAGCAAUCAACAUGUCAAUGCUUUUGGACAGAAACAACAAGAUGGGUAGCCCUUCUUUCCAUGAACUAAAGAGGCAAGCCUCUUUCUUCUUCAAGGAGAAGAUCAAGACUGCUCGUUUGGCCUUAACUGAUGUUACAGCAGCAGAACUACUGACAGAAGAAGCUACAAACGGAGAGUUUUGGGCACCAGAUACACGCACCAUGAGUGUAAUCUCAAGGGCUGCCUUUGAAGUUGAUGAUUAUUGGAGAAUAGUGGACAUUCUACACAACAGGUUGACAAAGUUUGAUAGAAAAACUUGGCGAGUCUCCUACAAGACUCUACUUCUGUUGGAUCACCUUCUAACCCAUGGUCCUUUGAGAGUUGCUGAUGAGUUUCAGGAUGAUAAAGAGGUCAUUGAGAAGAUGGGAAAUUUUCAAUUUGUUGACGAAAAGGGGUUCAACUGGGGCUUGAGUGUUAGAAACUUAUCUGCAAGAAUAGUGAACUUGCUGGAAAAUGAGUUAUUUCUUAAAGAAGAAAGGGCAAGAACUCGUAAAUUAACAAGAGGGAUUCAAGGGUUUGGUAGCUUCACCAGCCGUAGGUCCCCUUCACAUGAUGGAAGCUUCAAAGGUUUGAACUUUAGACCAUGCAGAAGGUGUAAUUCUGACAACAGUGCUCAAAUCAAUCAAGAAUAUGAAUUUUUGGCCCCAGACGACAACCUUUUAACCGACAAAAGGAUCCACAAAGCAGAGAAAAUCUACGAGGAUGUCAGCUCAGGACUUGAAAAUAGUGGAGAAAUUAGAGAAGACGAAUACCCAGUGGAAGAUCAUCCAUUCUGCUACAGUGAUCAUCACACUUCAGAAUCCCUCCUUUCUACUCUGGAAUGAAAAUUUUUUCUCAAGUUUUCUUUCCGUUUUUCCUUAGUAUAUAUUCACUUAUAUUUUAGACUUACUGUGAGAAGAUGCAAAAGAGAACCAUCUUCGUUCUCUUUGCAGAAUUAGACUUCAGUGGUUCAACUAUGGAGUCGAUACGUGAAGAUAGACCCUCUUGAAGCUUUAGCCCUUGUGCUGUAGCAUGUGUCUUUAGAAGCUGAGCCACCGGCUAGGAGGGGAGCUGUUGUGUUUGAGCCUAUGGGCAGUUUGUAUUUGGACUAGGUUUGACUAGGCUUGUGUAACUCUUCCAAUUUUACAAUUUGAUUUUGGCUUGGACUUAAUCAGAUAAAUGAUCCGUAGCUGAGGCAGAAUACAAGAACUCGUGGGAAACAUACAUCAAUAACACGUGAUAUUCAGCUGCUUCCGUCGCUGCUUGCUUCUGUCA